AUGGGAAUAUAUCUGUUUCUGAUCGGAGCCUUUGACCUAAAGUUUCGUGGAGAAUACAACAAGCAUGCGCAGCUGUGGAUGGAGAGUAUUCACUGUCAGCUUGUGGGAUCUUUGGCCAUUCUGUCCACUGAAGUAUCAGUGUUACUGCUAACAUUUCUGACACUGGAAAAAUAUAUCUGCAUUGUCUAUCCAUUUCGGUGUUUAAGACCUAGAAAAUGCAGAACAAUUACAGUUCUGAUUCUCAUUUGGAUUACUGGGUUUAUAGUGGCUCUCAUUCCAUUGACCAAUAAGGAAUUUUUCAAAAACUACUAUGGCACCAAUGGAGUGUGUUUCCCUCUUCAUUCAGAAGAUACCGGAAGUACUGGAGCCCAGAUUUAUUCAGUGACAAUUUUUCUUGGUGUUAACUUGGCGGCAUUUAUCAUCAUAGUUUUUUCCUAUGGAAGCAUGUUUUACAGCGUUCAUCAAAGUGCCAUAACAGCAACUGAAAUACGGAAUCAAGUUAAAAAAGAAAUGAUCCUUGCGAAACGGUUUUUCUUUAUUACAACAUUUGAGAGAGGACUAGAACUACAUGCAAAAGUCACAGUUUUUGCAGAGGGGUGCCAUGGACAUCUAGCCAAGCAACUAUAUAAGAAGUUUGAUUUGCGAGCCAAUUGUGAUCCCCAAACCUAUGGAAUUGGACUGAAGGAGUUAUGGAUUAUUGAUGAAAAGAAGUGGAAACCAGGGAGAGUGGAUCACACUGUCGGCUGGCCCUUGGACAGACACACUUAUGGAGGCUCCUUCCUCUACCAUUUAAAUGAAGGCGAACCUCUGGUAGCCCUUGGUUUUGUGGUUGGUCUAGACUACCAGAAUCCAUAUUUGAGCCCAUUUAAAGAGUUCCAGAGGUGGAAACACCAUCCCAGCAUUCAGCCAACAUUGGAAGGUGGAAAAAGGAUUGCAUAUGGAGCCAGAGCCCUGAAUGAAGGUGGCUUUCAGUCUAUACCAAAACUCACCUUUCCUGGUGGCUUACUAAUUGGUUGUAGUCCUGGUUUCAUGAAUGUUCCCAAGAUCAAAGGUACCCACACAGCAAUGAAAAGUGGAAUUUUGGCAGCAGAAUCUAUUUUUAAUCAACUAACUAGUGAAAAUCUCCAAUCAAAGACAAUAGGACUUCAUGUACCUGAAUAUGAAGACAAUAUAAAGAAAUCCUGGGUGUGGAAAGAGCUAUACACUGUUAGAAAUAUCAGACCAUCCUGCCAUGGGAUACUGGGUGUAUAUGGCGGGAUGCUUUACACUGGAGUCUUUUACUGGAUAUUGAGAGGAAUGGAGCCGUGGACUCUAAAACAUAAAGGUUCUGACUCUGAUCAGCUCAAGCCAGCCAAGGACUGCACACCUAUUGAGUAUCCCAAACCCGAUGGACAGAUCAGUUUUGACCUUUUGUCAUCUGUGGCUCUGAGUGGUACUAACCAUGAACAUGACCAGCCAGCACAUUUAACCUUAAAGGACGACAGUAUUCCUGUAAAUAGAAAUCUGUCAAUAUAUGAUGGACCGGAGCAGCGAUUCUGCCCUGCAGGAGUUUAUGAAUUUGUACCUUUGGAACAAGGUGAUGGAUUUCGGUUACAGAUAAAUGCUCAGAACUGCGUGCACUGUAAAACAUGUGAUAUUAAAGAUCCAAGUCAGAAUAUUAACUGGGUGGUACCCGAAGGUGGUGGAGGACCUGCUUACAAUGGAAUGUAAACUGCAACUGAUUUCAUUUGCAGGCACGUUUGAUAGUUUAUUUAAAACGUAUGGCAGGGCGCCUGGGUGGCUCAGUCGGUUAAGCGACUGCCUUCGGCUCAGGUCAUGAUCCCGGGGUCCUGGGA